CAACUGGUGCCGAAUCUGCGCCGGGGUAGUCGCACGCUGAACACGCGUCUGGUAGGUGCGAACACGCUCUCGUGAUAUUGUACAGUCGUCGGCCGAUCCGUUCCGUUUUUCUAUAUCAUUCGAUAAUAAUAUUAUUUCGCGUACGCAUCAACAGUAAUAAAAAUAUUAUUUUUCGCGUACGCGCCGUAAUACAAUAAUAUUAUUAUACAGCAGUUAUUAUUAAUAUUAUUAUUAUAUUAUUGUUGGAAUAUAUUGUUUUAAAUCUGUGCGUCUCGCGUCUUCACGAGGUAUUUGCCGAGCGUUUUGUUUUUUCACCACACGUCGUUGUGAAAAUCUAAAAAUAAGAAAAUACAUUUAUAGAAAAUAAUUCGCAUUUUCUCUACCGCGUGUCGCGUAAAAAAAUAUUUCAUUACAUAUUAUUAUUGUCUGUCAUCCGAGUGGUGGUGCCGUUCGCCUAUAGGACUCGAUAUUGUCAUUAUUGGUGCACGAAUACACACGCGUAUGGGUACGGUACAUCACAGUUUGCGCACACGAUGAACACGAUGGUCACGCCGUUGUCCGCUGCAGCCAUCGCCGUCUCCGUCUGUCAUUCGACCGUCGUAAACGCAUCGUUCUACCGGUGACACGACAGCCACCGUACAUCGCCGGAGUAAGUGUAGAGAGGUAGAUCGACGACCAUACCGAGUCGUUUCUCGUCGACACCGAAUUUCCGCGACAGUGUUACGCGUUCGGAGCGCCGCACAGUGCACGCCGCUCAGCACGCGCUCCGGUUUCGUUCGUGCGUCUGCGUCGUUGCACCGCACCGGUACGUAUCGUCCCGCGCACACGCGUGUACAGAGACGUAAUACGCCUACACACCGCCGCACACAGUUACCCAACACGCACGGUACACUAUGAACUCGCCGCAAAUGUACGACACGGCACCGCAGCCGCACGCACAUCAGCCACAUCACCAGCUCAGCCAACAGGAACUGGCGAUGGCCGCCAAGAAAGCACAGCUCGGGCAGCUCAAGAACAGGUACGACAUAUCGGAACUGUCCACGCCCGAGAUAUCGCUCGACCUGCAGAACCUCAUCGACGACAGCCAGUUCAGCGAAGGGCUGUUCACGGAGAUCCUGCAACAGGGCCAGGUCAAGUUGCCCAACGGCACCGGCGGCGGCCGGAACGGCGUCAACCAGAACGGUUUCAACUCGCGCACCACGCUCGCGUACAUGCCGCAGCCGGUGCACUACGAGAGCACGCCGGCUUCCGCGGGCGGUCCCAUCAAGGAGGAACCCCCGGAGUCCGUCGAGUUCCGGAACCAGCAGCAACAGCAACAGCAGCAACAGCAGCAGCAGCAACAACAGUACCUUAGCAACGGCCAGGGGGGUGCGUUCCAGACGUCUCCCGUGUCCAGCAACGGCAGUAGCUCGCAUCUCAAGGCCCAUCACCACAACCACCACCGGAAGUCGAGCUCCGGCAGCAACAAGUCGGUGGACAAGAACACGGACGAGUACAAGAGAAGGCGCGAACGGAACAACAUAGCGGUCCGCAAGAGCCGGGAAAAGGCAAAGAUCCGCAGUCGCGAGACCGAGGAGAAGGUCAAACUGUUGGUCAAAGAGAACGAGCGGCUGCAGAAGAGGAUAGAGCUGCUCAGCGAGGAACUCAACGUGCUCAGGUCGCUAUUCACCAACGUGGGCGUCCUGCCCGAACACCUCCAUCGGGAGCUCAACAAACAUUUCGACGCCUAUCCACACUUGCAGUGAACCAUCACACGCGUGGUUUCAAGAAAUUGGCAUCGAUGAACCCGAUGCAAUAUCAUCUCCUCUCAAACUUUUUGGUAUUAAACAGGAAUAUUUUCUGACCUGUUUUUUUUUUUUUAUUAUUAUUAUUUUUAUUAAGAUUAUUACUAGUUAGAAUAAUAGAAUGUUAUAAUUGUUAUUGUUCAUAAAAAUCAUUUAUUUAAAAGUUUCUUCGAGACUUCACACAAAAAAAAAUAAAAUGAUAUAUUAUGUAUUAAUAUGAUAGUCCUAUAAUACUGUACAACUGCAGAGCAUCAGUAUAUAUACGUUAAAAUACAAAAUAAAAAUAUAUUGGCGGCGGCGCUCAAACGCUGAGCUACUUAACUAAUAUCUUACAAUAAUGUCAGUAAUAAUGAUAACGUAUGAUAUUAUUUUUGUUUACGUAUAUAAAUGUAGAGCAUAUUAUAAUUUCUUUAAAAAAAUAUUACGAUUCUUACCGAAACCUUUCGUUACCGAGUACCUAUAUUUUUAUACGAAUGUAUAUCUAAGACAUAAUAUUAUGAAUAUUAUUAUAUUA